AUGGCUGCAGACUCGUUCAGAUCACAAAUGAACUCGCUAGGAUGGUCCAGGAGAGAUGAACCGGUCAAUACUUCCGCGUCAUCUCCUUUCUUAAACAAACUACAAUCCUGGAAUCCGUUUGGGAACGGAGGUUAUGUCCGGCUCCCAACGAGCUCCGACCCUCCCCCACAGCUUCCUGCUCAAACUCGCCAGGAAGAGGACGCAGGAUGGUUAGCAUUAAGCCGAUGGGAUCGCCUCUUGGUGUUUGCAUGCUGUAACCUGGGGGCUGCAGUUUGCUUCGUCCUCUGCUUUUCCCUCUUCCCUAUACUGUCUCUACGACCCCGGAAAUUCGCUGUUCUCUGGACCGUGGGAUCGAUACUAUUCCUUACAUCUUGGGCAGUUCUUCAGGGUCCGCUCACAUAUGCCAUGCACCUUCUAUCUACCCCGCGGUUGCCGUUCACAGCUGCGUAUUUUGGAUCUAUCGGCCUGACUCUUUUCUUUGCUCUGGGGGUACAAUCUGUGAUUCUCACUCUCUUCUCCUGCAUUGCCCAACUUAUCGCACUAGUGUGGUAUCUCGUAUCGUAUUUCCCAAUGGGCUCAACAGGCCUCAGAUUCGCGAGGGGUUGGGAUGACCCCCCCAUUCCAAAGAUCCUGGAGGCUAGGAGACGAGGUAGAGAGAGUCGCUCGCCCGCCACAUUUGGAACAUAUGCACAUGUUAACGGUCUAUCCAAUACGAGCUCUCGAAGGAAGGGGAGAACUCAUGAUCUGGUCACAUACCUAGGCCUAAACAAAAGCCUCGGCUGCCUAGUGGCCUGGUCUGUAUCAGGUUUUACGUUCCUGAAAACUUCAAGAACCUGGAGAUGUUAA